CCCGGCCUGUCCCGCCCUGCGCCUCCGAACGUCUGUGCCGGGACAUGGCCGCUGCUGAUGCCGGGUCCUUGAGCUGAGCGCCUACUGCCGGAGCCAACCUCUGCGGUCAACCGUCCGCACGAUCUGGGCCCAGGAGCCGGGAGGGCGAAAAUCAGCCGAGGAAGCUGAGGCUGCCAUAGGACGCCGCCGCGGCGGGCGCAUGGCGUCCAUCUUGCUCAGGAGCUGCCGCGGCCGGGGGCCUGCCCGCCUCGCGUCGCCCCGGGCCGCUUCCCCGCGGGGUAGUCUGAGGGAUCGAGCUUGUCUCAGUUGUACCAGGACCGUGGGGUUGACGAGCCAUGAGAGUGUUCUGUCCCGCUGUUGUACUCCAGCCAACCCUGUGUACCUCUACUUCAAAAGUGAGCCCCUCAGCUGUUGGACUCAGAGGCCUGAGUGCCAGGGCACCGUGGCAAGGGCAGCAUGGACACCUGCCUCUGCGAGGUUGGUUGUUACGGGACCUCAGUACCUUCCUGUGCGUGGCUGGCACUCAUCAUCCCCACUAGGAGAGGACUCUAUGAUAGAGAAAUCCCUUAAGUCUUUAAAGGACAAGAAUAAGAAGCUGGAAGAAGGUGGCCCCGUGUACAGCCCGCCAGCUCAGGUGGUAGUGAAGAAGUCCCUGGGGCAGAAGAUACUGGAUGAGCUGAAGCACUACUACCAUGGCUUCCGCCUGCUGUGGAUCGACACCAAGAUAGCCGCCCGUAUGCUGUGGCGCAUCCUGAAUGGCCAUACGCUGACCCGCCGGGAGCGCAGGCAGUUUCUCCGGAUUUGUGCAGACCUCUUCCGUCUAGUACCCUUCCUGGUGUUCGUGGUGGUACCCUUCAUGGAAUUCCUGCUGCCUGUAGUUGUGAAGCUCUUCCCCAAUAUGCUGCCCUCCACAUUUGAGACCCAGUCUAUCAAGGAGGAAAGGCUGAAGAAGGAGCUUAGGGUGAAGCUGGAGCUAGCCAAGUUUCUCCAAGACACCAUAGAGGAAAUGGCCCUGAAGAACAAGGCAGCCAAAGGGAAUGCCACCAAGGAUUUCUCUGCCUUUUUCCAGAAGAUCCGGGAGACAGGGGAGAGACCCAGCAAUGAAGAAAUCAUGCGUUUUUCCAAAUUAUUUGAGGAUGAACUGACCCUGGAUAACCUAACGAGGCCUCAACUGGUAGCACUGUGCAAGCUGCUGGAGCUUCAGUCCAUUGGUACCAACAACUUCUUGCGUUUCCAGCUCACCAUGCGGCUGAGGUCCAUAAAGGCUGAUGAUAAGCUGAUUUCUGAGGAAGGGGUAGACAGUCUGACUGUGAAGGAAUUGCAGGCAGCGUGUCGAGCACGGGGCAUGCGAGCACUUGGUGUCACAGAAGACCGUCUGAAGGGCCAGCUGAAACAGUGGCUGGACUUGCACCUGUAUCACGAGAUCCCUACAUCAUUGCUCAUACUGUCCCGGGCCAUGUACCUCCCAGACACCCUCUCACCUGCCGACCAGCUGAAGUCCACCUUGCAGACCCUUCCAGAAAUUGUGGCAAAGGAGGCUCAGGUAAAAGCGGCUGAGGUGGAGGGCGAACAGGUAGACAACAAGGCGAAGCUGGAGGCCACACUGCAGGAAGAGGCCGCCAUCCAGCAGGAGCACCUGGAAGAACUAAAGAGAGCCGCUGAGACUGCGAAGGACAUCCAGCCAGAAGUAGCAGAAGCCACUGUCCCUGGGAGGCCAGGCGCCGAGCUUCAGCCCAAGAUGGUUGAUGUGAUCCCGCCCUCAGAGAUACUAAAGGAUACAGCACCUGUUCUGGAAGGUUUGAAGGGAGAAGAGAUAACCAAGGAGGAAAUUGACAUCCUCAGUGACGCCUGCUCCAAGCUAAAGGAGCAGAAGAAGUCCCUGACCAAGGAGAAGGAGGAGCUGGAGCUGCUGAAAGAGGAUGUCCAGGACUACAGUGAGGACUUGCAGGAGAUCAAGAAGGAACUUUCCAAGACGGGUGAUGAGAAAUACAUAGAAGAGUCUACAGCCAGCAAGAGGCUGUCCAAGCGGGUGCAGCAGAUGAUCGGGCAGAUCGAUGGCCUCAUCACACAGCUGGAGACCACGCAACAGAACGGCAAGCUGGACCCCGCUGCUGCGAGCUCUCCCACAGGGGAGAGUGUCAUCAGCGUCGACGAGCUCAUCAGCGCCAUGAAGCAAAUCAAGCACAUUCCAGAACACAAGCUGAUCAGUUUGACCUCAGCCCUGGAUGAAAAUAAGGAUGGCAAUAUCAACAUCGAUGAUCUUGUUAAGGUAAUCGACUUGGUGAACAAAGAAGAUGUCCAGAUCUCUACCACCCAGGUAGCCGAGAUUGUGGCCACACUAGAGAAGGAAGAAAAGGUGGAAGAGAAGGAAAAGGCCAAGGAAAAGGCUGAGAAGGAGGCGGCAGAAGUGAAGAACUAGAGCUGCCGGGCUCUUGGCCCCACGGGGCCUGCCUUCAUGUCAUACCCACCAUGGUGACACGGCACACGAGUGAUUGCUCUGAGGUGAUUUUUAGUGGCAAAUCUAAUAUUUUGUCUGUGGAAUAAAUCAGAAACUUCCACAAUGAA